AUGUGGACGGAUAUAAGGAAAUUACUACUUUUUCAUUUUUUACUCACGAAGCUUCAGCGCACGGGAGCUACAACGGAGUGUGAAGAUGGGCAGUUCCAGUGCACCAACAAAAGGUGCAUACCCACGAUCUGGAGAUGUGACGAUGACGACGACUGCUCGGACAACAGCGAUGAAGAAAACUGCCCCAGGAAAACGUGUGCCCCAGCAGAGUUCGCCUGCCUAAACGGUCAGUGUGUUCCGGGACGUUGGCGCUGCGACGGGGAACCAGAAUGUCCUGACGGCUCAGAUGAGGCAGAAGCGACCUGCAGCAAACAGACUUGCCCUCCAGAGAAAUUUGACUGUGGAGGAGCCACCAACAAAUGUGUCUCGUUGUCAUGGAGAUGUGACGGCGAGAGGGACUGCGAGAAUGGGGCGGACGAGGAAGACUGUGCAUCUGAUGCCAAGGCCUGCCCCAGUGGUGAGUUCAUGUGUGGCAACCGCAAGUGCUUGGCCACCGUCUACGUGUGCGAUGGGGAUGAUGACUGCGGGGACGGCAGCGAUGAACUAAAGUGCUCCUCCCCACUCACCUGUGGACCCAACCACCUUCGCUGCAACACCUCUGAGUGUGUGCCCCUCAUGUGGAGCUGCGACGGAGACCCCGAUUGCCCCGAUGGCUCAGAUGAGGGGUCGGACCGCUGCGGAAGUGACGGGAUCCCCCACCCGGCGAGUCGCCGCGCCAACUGCACUGCCGAGCAGUUUCGCUGUGCCAAUGGGGAGUGUGUGCGGCUGGCUUGGAAGUGUGAUGGAGACCCUGACUGCAAGGACAAGUCUGACGAGUCUGACUGUCCCCUGCUGACUUGUCGUCCUGAUGAGUUCCAGUGUGGUGAUGGAUCGUGUAUCCAUGGAACCAAGCAGUGUAACAAGGUCCACGACUGCCCUGAUCACAGCGACGAAGCUGGCUGUGUCAACGCCACCAAGUGCGAGGGACCGCUGAAGUUUCUGUGUAAGAAUGGAGAGUGUAUCGACAGCACAAAGGUGUGUGACUCUGUGAAGGACUGCAAGGACCGCUCGGAUGAGCCCAAAAAGGAGUGUGGGCUGAAUGAGUGCAUGCUCAACAAUGGUGGCUGUUCCCACAUCUGCAUGGAUCAGCCAAUUGGUUUUGAGUGCCAGUGUCCCACAGGGUACCAACUUCUGGAUAAGAAGACAUGUGGAGACAUUGACGAGUGUGAGAACCCGUCUGCAUGUAGCCAGACCUGCAUCAACUACAAGGGAGACUUUAAGUGUGAGUGCUAUGAAGGUUAUGAAAUGGACCCUGUCACAAAGACCUGCAAGGCAGAAGGAAAGAGUCCUUACUUGCUCUUUACCAACCGACAUGAAAUCCGUCGCAUUGAUCUGGUGAAGAAGGAUUACAGCCAAGUGGUAUCAACCCAGAAAAAUGCUGUGGCUCUUGACUUGGAUGUCGCCAACAACCGCAUCUUUUGGUGUGACCGCUUCCACCGAAAGAUCUACAGUGCCUUCAUCCACGAGGCCAGGGAACCGUCCCAGCAGGUCCCCCUGGUGGACUCCUCGCUGCAGUCCCCUGUAGGCUUGGCUCUGGACUGGCUCCAGCACAAUAUCUACUGGACCGACUCCGCAGACAAGUCCAUCUCAGUGGCCUCGGUGGACGGCUCCAAGAGACGCGUCCUCAUCAGUACAGAGCUCAGCGAGCCCAGAGCUAUAGCCCUGGACCCCCACCAUGGCUUCAUGUACUGGUCAAGUUGGGGCACACAAGCCAGGAUAGAGAAGGCUGGGAUGAACGGAGUGGACCGGCAGGUCCUGGUGGCUGACAAUAUCGAAUGGCCCACCGGCAUUACUCUGGACGUAGCCAACAGGCGUCUGUACUGGGUGGAUUCCAAGUUGCACCUGAUAGCCAGCGUAGACCUGAACGGAGCUCACCACAGAACACACCUGUCCUCCGCAGAGAGGCUCGGACACCCGUAUGCUCUGGCCGUUUUCGAGGAUCGUAUUUACUGGACAGACAGAGAGAGGAAAGCAGUCUACACAGCUAACAGGCUGACAGGCCGGGACAUCCAUACACUGGCUGAACACCUCAAUGACCCUAAUGACAUUGUGGUCUUCCACCAACUACGCCAGCCACAAGGUCCAGACAGCUGUAAUCUCGGCAGUGUGGCUAAUGGAGGCUGUGAGUACCUGUGUCUCAAGGCUCCUCAAAUCACUGAACACUCCCCUAAAUACACCUGUGCCUGCCCUGAUGGACAGGACCUUGGGCCUGAUAUGAGAGGCUGCGUACCCGCUGCACCGCGAAAUGAUACUACACCCUUGUCCCCAACCCUCAUGGCCUCUACAGCCAGCACUGAAGUGACUAUGGCCAUAGACUCUGUGCCAGGGGGAGUGUCUCAGGCGGAUGCCGUUGAUCAUCUGACCACAGCCCCUUCUGGUGCUCCGGAGCCCCUCACACCCCUCACUACGGCCAGGUCUGUACCGGAGGAUUCAAAGGCCAUAGGUUUGAGCCCAACCGCCACUACCCUGGUCAUCUCCACCACCUCUGCAGGGGACAGCAGCGUCUCACAUCACUCUGGCAGUGAACACUUCCUCCUGGGGGAGAACCUGACAGUAGCUGUUUUGGGAGUGGUCAUCCCCAUAGUUCCUAUUGUUGCCACAGUGGUGUUUGGCCUGCUCUGCGCCGGAGUCUACCUGGUGUGGCGCAACUGGCGUCGCGACUCCACCAAGAGCAUGAACUUCGACAACCCCGUCUACCGGAAGACCACAGGCGAGGGCGAGGAGGACGAGAUCCACAUCGGGCGGACCGACGGCAUGGGACAUCACAUUCACCAUCACCCCUACCCGCCUAGUGUCGGCGUGGGAGUUGUGGGUGGUGGAGGAGGCACCUGCCCACAGUUCAUUGCACUGCCUCUGGGCGGCAGCAUGCCGGAACCUGGGACUCACUGGUACACAGAGCAGCCCAUGCUGUCCGCCGCCAAAUGA